AUGGAAAAUCCUUGGUUCCGAAGAGGGUUAUAUCCGAAAACUAUUCAAAUGAAAAAAGAAAUUACAGAUGUAGCUGAUGAUGAAAUUGCUGCUGUUAAGCCAACUCAUGCAUUGGCUCAACCAACGUAUUUAAAUGCUUUUUACAUACUUUCUUUGUCCUUUUCGCAAGGAAGACAUGGAGGGAUGAUGAAGUUGGAGACACCAAGGGAGUGUCGAAAAGAGCCACUUAUCAUCUGUGCUGAAAUAUUCGAGUUCGCUCCAUCUUUAGAUAUCUAUUUGAGGGUCAUGAAUAUUCCUCUAAUUGAAUGCUUAGAUAUUUAA